CUUCGUUCGUGCACUCUUUGUUUUGAACAUUUGCAAUCGAGACGAGAAUCGAGAAGCCAUGGCUGAUGAAACUGUGGCAGCAAAGCUAACCAACUGGGGUUUAGCCGAAUACAUAGAUAUAUUCCAACGUAAUAAAAUUACUGAAGACGUUUUUAAAAAACUGAGUCAAAAUUAUUUGGAAAAACUAAUUACUAUAAUAGGAGAUCAAGUUACUUUCAUUGAAAAAUAUUCAGAAGAUUAUGGUUGUGAGUUUGGAGAAGCAUCUCAAUCCGGCAAAAAGAGAAAAAUUUUGGAAGAGGUUUCAAAUGUACCAGAAAAAGUACCUCGUUUAGAAAUUCAAAAAAAUCAGAGGUAUCAAGAUAUCCAAAUCAUUUUGAAUGAAUUUAAAGAUAUUAAACAAAUUCUUGAAGAUUCAUCUGAAGGCAGGAAUAUAAUUUCUCAGUACAAUAAAAAAAAAGAUUUAAAACCUAAUUUGCAAAACAAGCUCGUUGAUAUUGUUAUCAACAAAUUACUUGAUAUCACAGAAAGUGAUGAGGAUUGUUCAAAACAAGAAAAAAUUCCUUACACUAUUUUUCAUUCUUUGGCUGAAUACAUAGUAGAAGCUUUUGAAUCAGAAGUUAUAAGUACAUACUACAUUGGGCCAAUACCAAAAAAAGACUCAUUGGAUAACAAGUCAAAAGGUUGUAGAGGAAAAUUAUCAACCAAAUAUAAUAAUUUGAAAUCGUCACGGAAAAAAAACAAUCAUGAAGAUGAUAAAGUAGAUGAAAAUAAUCCACCAAAAGAGGCUUUAAUGCGAAUACAUGAUUUACCAGAAUGUGAAAAAAAUGACGACAUCGAGACAAGUUUGCAGUGGUUAAAAGAAAAUCAUGCCUUCCCAAUUGAAGAAGUUGCUAUUGAACACUGGAAGAAAACUGCCAAUUACCGACUAAGAUUAAUGAAAGAGAGUAGCAAUAUAAACACAUCAGGAUCAUUCACAGAUUACCCCAUACUCAAGCAAAACAAUGCUUAUUUAUUAGUCGAAAUAGAUUAUGACGAGAUUUUUCAUAAUAAUCAAUCCAAAUAUGCGCUCGAUUUGAAAUUAUGGGAAAUAAUAUUUAAAACUUUGAUGGAUAUAGGGAAACUUGGGCCAACAGAUACAGAUGGACGUGAUUUAAAAAAUCUGAUUAAUAAUGAUAAAGACAAUUGUAAAACUGCUGUUCAAUUAUUACUGUUGUCCCAUUUGUUGCCACCAAAAAAUAAAUGCAUAAUUCCAACGGGUAAUUGGAAAGUUUCUAUCGGGGACUCAAAGAACAGCAUCAUUCACCAUGCCAAGGAUGGAACUUUGAUGCCUGAUAUAGUAAAAGGAAGAAGGGAUUUUGCAAAACUACACAAUACAACUGUUCAACCCUUCGUGAUCGUCGUUGGACCUACUCUUCUCGAAAUUAAAGAAAACUAUGUCUGCAUAGAUGAUUACACGUAUAAAGUACCAUCUACUUUGCAUGCAUUUAUAAUUUGUUUUAAAUUAUUCCACGUAUUUCUGUUGAAAUAUCCCUACGAAAGUGAACAUAUUUAUACUCUAAUUCAAAAAGUUUUGAAUAUCGAAACUGUUUGGGAUAAAAAGUUUUCAUCGACUGAAAAGGCCAUUGCAACUAUUAAAAAAAGGAUAGUUGAAGCAUACCCAGAGUAGAAGAUACCCUAUUUUAAAUGAAACUGAUUAUUCUAGUAGUAUUAAGAAUUUUUAUCAUUUAUAAUCAUUUCUGUUUGUGUGUUAAACUAAUCUUAAAUAUAAACUUUUUUAAAUUAUUUAAAAAAAGAUAGCUAAAAGGCUACAUCCAUAUGCAAAGUAGAGGGUACUUAAUAUUAAUCGAACGUAUUAUUGAAAUAGUUACGGCAAUUUUACGAUAAUAGUAUUUAUUUUCAUCAUCUUAUGAAUAAUCAAUUAUUCAAUAUGAGAAAUGAUAUUUUUUGUUCAAAAUUGGUAU